AUGGCAAAAAUCAACACCCAGCACUCCUACCCCGGUAUGCACAGACUGUCUGUCAGAACUACCGAUGAAGAUAUUGAAAGGAUUGAAAAUGGCUGUAUCAGAACCCAUUCACUGUGUGAGGAUGCGUCUUCAGAACUGCAGAGAGUAAUUUCUGUGGAGGGAAGACAUCCAUCUGGAUCCCAGACGAGCUCAUUCACAGGCAGGGGAGCGAUGGCAAGGCUAUCACGAUUUGUCAUAUCUGUGAGGUCAUGGGCCACAAGACAUUUGCACCAUGAAGACCAAAGACCUGAUUCUUUCCUAGAACGUAUCCGAGGGCCAGAGCUUAUAGAGGUGUCCAGCAGGCAAAGUAACAUCCGCUCCUUUCUGGGUAUCCGUGAGCGGCCUGGGGGAGCAAACAGGAAGAAAAAAGAGGUCUUUGUGAUAGAUCCUUCAAGCAAUAUUUACUACCACUGGUUGGCCGUAAUUGCAAUACCCGUGUUCUAUAACUGGUGUAUGCUAGUGUGCAGAGCCUGCUUUGAUGAGCUACAAUUUAACCAUAUUAAAUUAUGGCUGUUCUUGGAUUAUGCCUCUGAUGUCAUCUAUGUUCUUGACAUGUUUGUCAGAUUCAGGACAGGCUUCCUUGAACAAGGCUUGCUAGUUCAGGAUGAAAAGAAAUUACAAGAACAUUAUACCAAAACUUUCCAGUUCAAACUGGAUGUGCUGUCUCUUCUGCCAACAGACCUGGCGUAUUUGAAGCUUGGUUUGAACUACCCUGAACUGCGAUUUAACCGCUUGCUGAGGAUUUCUCGGCUUUUUGAGUUUUUUGACCGUACAGAAACCAGGACAAAUUAUCCAAACAUGUUUCGUAUUGGAAAUCUUGUCUUAUACAUUCUUAUCAUCAUCCACUGGAACGCAUGUAUAUACUUUGCAAUUUCGAAGGUCAUCGGAUUUGGAACUGACUCUUGGGUCUACCCCAACGUGUCCGUUCCAGAGUACGGGCGCCUGUCUAGAAAGUACAUUUACAGUCUGUACUGGUCAACGCUCACGCUGACAACCAUUGGAGAAACACCUCCCCCGGUGAAAGAUGAAGAGUAUCUCUUUGUGGUCAUUGACUUCCUGGUGGGUGUGCUGAUCUUCGCUACCAUUGUCGGUAACGUGGGCUCCAUGAUUUCCAACAUGAAUGCCUCCAGGGCAGAGUUCCAGGCCAAGGUCGACUCCAUUAAACAGUACAUGCAUUUCCGAAAAGUGACUAAGGAUUUGGAAGCCAGGGUUAUUAAGUGGUUUGACUACCUCUGGACCAACAAGAAAACAGUGGAUGAGAAGGAAGUUCUCAAAAAUCUGCCUGACAAGUUGAAGGCUGAAAUUGCCAUCAAUGUCCAUUUGGACACACUGAAGAAAGUGCGUAUAUUCCAGGAUUGUGAAGCUGGACUUCUCAUUGAGCUGGUACUGAAACUGAAACCUACGGUCUUCAGUCCUGGGGACUACAUUUGCAAAAAGGGAGAUAUUGGGAGAGAAAUGUACAUUAUUAAAGAGGGAAAACUGGCUGUGGUGGCGGAUGAUGGCAUAACCCAAUUCGUAGUCCUAAGCGAUGGCAGCUACUUUGGUGAAAUCAGCAUCCUAAACAUCAAAGGUAGCAAAUCUGGCAACAGGAGGACAGCCAACAUAAGGAGUAUUGGUUAUUCUGAUUUGUUCUGCUUGUCUAAAGAUGAUUUAAUGGAAGCCCUCACAGAAUAUCCAGAAGCCAAAAAGGCUCUGGAAGAGAAAGGGCGACAAAUUCUGAUGAAAGACAAUUUAAUAGAUGAGGAAGCAGCAAAAGCAGGAGCUGACCCAAAAGACUUGGAAGAAAAACUAGAAAGACUUGAAGCCUCUCUGGAUACGCUGCAGACUAGGUUUGCUAGGCUCUUGGCAGAAUACACCUCAUCUCAACAAAAAGUGAAGCAGAGACUUGCCAGAGUAGAAACCCGAGUGAAAAAAUAUGGUAGUGGCACCUUAUCAGUUGGAGAAGCAGAGGCUGAAAAGUCUGAGGAGGAGAAAAAGCAGUAAUGGAGAAUUUAUAUUUACUCAUUUACUGGAGAAGGUUGAAGCAUGUGGAAGCCCUAAAUGUAUGUAAAUAUGUGUGUGCAUACAUAGACAUGAUUAUUUUUAUAUGAACUCAAGAGAAUGGUUUUUAGCAUUUUUAACUGAAGCGGUAUUUUCUUGUAAAUAGAACAUUGUCACCUUCUUAGGGGGAGAUUUUGGUCUGGCAUUUGGGUACUUUUUUGUACUGGGAGUGGGUUUCUUACAAGUCAUGCUCGGAAGGUCUAUUAUGUAUGGUACACCUAGGUCUUGAGACAUUGUCUCGUCCCACGCAUGUUGCGUUAAGAAGGCAUUGUACUUAAAGUAGCAGAGAUUGGGUUUUUUUAAGGGCUUAAAAAAUAUUUAUAGGGUACAUGCUCUACAUUGCUACCUUAGUAGCCGAUUAAAUGUAUGGACACACAUCCAGGCUCCUCAAAAAUUUUCGUUCUUUCACAGUGAAGCGUCUGCACAAACAGUUGGACCACAGCUGAGCAGCAGCACGUACCUGGCCUGUGCGGUGUGGCCCUGCA